UGUUGCAUUAGCGGGGCUCGGGAACAUUAGCGGUCGCGGGCUAUGUCCUGGUGGGUUUCCUUAAAAUUAAAUUAACUGAACCGAUAUUUUUAAAUUAAAAGAAAUAGUAUCCUACAACAAUGCACGGGCUUAUGGGUGUUUUCUUGCCCUAAAAAAAAACAAUACACAUUCACAGAUAUAUGUCUAUAUAUAGGUAUGAAUGUAGUUUUUGCAAUGGCUCGUGUGGGUCCAGCUCCUGUGAAGGCAGGAACGGUCUGGAGUUGUCAAGAGUUUUCUGGAAGGGAGAGCACAGGUGCGAGGUCGUGCCGCGGCGCCCCCCCCUCCCCCCCCCCCGGACAGGCUGCUCAGAUAACCCGAGGAGCAGCGGAGGAAGGGACAGGGGAGCCUGUGUGACACUCGCGAAAUGACGGAAACUGAGAGAGUUGUUCCGGAGACCAAGGGUAAACCCAUGGCCUUCCGGUCUCAAAAAGUGAUGUUUGAGAAGAUGGAGGAAUCUUUUGAAAUCUGUGCGCAUUGCGAAAAGCGACCACAUCAACUUUCAAACCCAAAGAGCCUGAAGCGUUGUGCUAGAUGUCUAAAUGUUUACUACUGCUGUAAGGAUUGUCAGAAGGAGGACUGGCCCAAACACAAGAAGCUCUGCUCACAGCUGCGUCUAGUUGCCAUCGACAGAGUUGUGGAGUGGCUUGUGUUCAAAGGAGAGCUUCCAUUCGCCACAGGAAAAUGGUCAAAGCCCCAGUCAGAGGUCAAAGUUUGGGAUGACUGGCUUGCGAUGCAGGGAGAUCUCACAGCUCGCCUCGAUCCCAUUUUAAACGGAGCAACCAUGAAAGACUUGUGGACCGAUGCUGGCAGGCCUCGGCCUGACGACGAAGACCUGAAGCAGUCGCUGUGGAGGGUCUGUAGUGAGUUCUUCUCCAGGCCGCUGACCGUUGCCUGGGGGAUGAGGCUGUUUGGCCUUAACCCCUAUUCCAAACCCUUCACCAUUCACUUGGUGGGAGCAGGCCACAGUGAGACACUGGCAGCCAGACUGACAGACUACGAUGAGCUGAACAACAUGUUCCCCGGACACCAGGGAAUCGAGAUUGUCAUGGUGGGACCAGAAGUGGUGGACGGCCCCAUCAUGAGGCCUCCUCUCAGGGCAUUUGGUCCCAAGCAGAGGGUCUACAUCAGUGCCUACAAGGGGCUCUACCACCAGUUCUGGGAGGAGCUGGUGGAGAAAGAGGAAGCAGCCAAGCCAGACCUGGUGGUUGGAUUUCAUCCUGGGUUUGAUGCAGCUCAGGACCUGGACCAGGGUUGGCUUCCGACACUUCUGCUCCUCAGGGAUUAUGAGAUUCCUUCCCUUUUCACUGCUCUCAAUGAGACUGAGAUGACCUACUCCCUGCAGAUCCUGCUGGAGCUGGAGAUGGACAUGAAGGGAAGCGGAGCCAACCCCUUCUCUUCGCUGAAACCGGAAGUGGUGGGCUCAUGUCCCAACAAGCCUCCUGUCUUCUGCAACUCCCACUACUUCUGUUUUCAGGGUCUACUUGAGACUGCGGAGUUUGAGGAACCAGAAGAGGCCUGAAGGAGCUAAGUGCUGCGGCGCACACAUGCUGUUGCCUGUCACAUCUGGAGCUCCGUUUUUUUUGGACUAUGAAGCAUUGUUUUUUUUAUGCCUGUAUUUUCUUAAAAUAUUUUUUUCCAAAAAUAGUUAAAAAACAACAUGUAAAUACAUCUGUAUUAUUAUUAUUAUAAAGUUAGUAGAAUUUUACUUUAACAGCUGUAAGUAUUGGAUCUGACAUUUACAUUCACUAUCUCAGUUUCAUGGCAAGCAACUGCCACAGUUUUAAGAUUUUUCUAUACUGUCUCUGAACUAUUGUUUUGUUUGCAGAGAGGCAAUAAAACUGUAGAAACAGUCAAAUGUCUACGGAUAAUAUGUCUACAAUAAAAAAAAUCAAAUUAUUAAAUAUAGGGCUGUAUUGUCCAAUCUGGUUAAAUCAGAUCUUUUCUUUUAUUUAUUUUAAAGAUGUCAUUUCACCCAAGAAUAAAAAGGCAUGUUUCAUGA